AUUACUUACUCUGUGAAUAGAUGAGAGAUAGGCCUUCAGGUUUCAAAUUUCAAAACAUGCGCGAAAAACAAAUAAUAAAAAUAUAGAAUACGCGAUAUUUAUUUAAUCACGAAGUAUCUACAUAAAAUACAAUUUAACAAAACAACAUAGGUUGUCAGUUUCAACACAACAAUGAAUUCACCUCAAGGAAAAAGAAUAACAUUUAAAAGAAGGAAGCCAAAUAAAUAUUUUGAGAGAUGUCUUAAAAAUCUGUUGGUUGAUGCACAAGCAACAAAAAGUAAGCAUGAACCAAUAUUUAGAACAGCAUUAAAUUCCCUGUCCCAAUAUCCAUUACCUUUGAAAUCUGGAGCUGAUUGUGCAAUUCUUAAAGGGUUCAAUAAAAAGAUAUGUUUAUAUUUGGAUCAAUCUUUGAAGAAUUCUAAAUGUAUAAGCACAGACAAUAGUUUGGAAGUAAUAAAUAUUGAUGAUGAUGAUCCAUCCAGUGCCAGUGAAUUAGUGAAAAAGGUUACUGAUAAAAAUCAAUCUGAUACAUCUCCAAACCAAAAACAAAGAAAUAUCUAUAAGCCUGCCUUUAGAUCAGGCGGCUAUGGAAUACUUAUGGGUUUAUUGGAACAUUCAAAGAAAAACAAUGGAAUUUCUUUAAAAAAAGGUGAACUGAUUGAAAUAGCUCAAAAGUAUUGUGAAGAAUCAUACACAGUGUCUAAGUCUGUAAGAUAUUCUGCUUGGUCAAACAUGGGAAGAUUAAUAAGUAAAGGUCUUGUGAAAAUGGUAAAACAUAAGUAUGCAGAAUAUUCUCUGACUGAAGAUGGCACUUCAUUGGCAAAUAAGUUAUGGGAGGAAAAUAAAGAUAAACCUUCUAUCAACAAUAUGAUAUUUCACAAAUCUCCACCACAAGAAACUAGAAGUCAAAUUAUCACAAACCCCCUUCCAGAAUUAAUCAGGAUAGAUAAUCCAAUUAGAACUAAUGAAGAUAAGAAUAAUGAUACUGAAGGUGUUCCACAAUUAGCUACAAGUAUAAUUACAAUGGAACCAAAUUCAUUUGAUAUUGUAUUAAUAAUUGAUAAACAUGAAACUCAUGGAAAUGCAAAUACACCAGAUCCAUUUCGUGUUUAUCCUGAUCUCAAAUAUGAGGCAAGAAGUCUUAAAGUGGGAGAUUUUACAUGGAUUGCAAGACAUAAAACUAAUGGGACUGAACUAGUUCUACCAUAUGUUGUUGAAAGAAAGAGGAUGGAUGAUUUAGGAUCAAGUAUAAAAGAUGGUAGAUUUCAUGAACAAAAAUUCAGAUUGCGUAAAAGUGGUUUGCAUAAUGUUAUAUAUUUAAUAGAAUCAUAUGAAAAGAAUAAGCAUGUAGGAUUGCCAUUGCCAUCUCUUUUACAAGCACUUGCUAAUACUAGAAUUCAAGAUGGAUUUAAGGUAUAUUCAACUGAUUCGUUGGUGAAAACAAAUAGAUUUCUGGCUAUGAUGACAAAGAGGCUGGAUGAAGAAUACAAGGGUAAAUUCUUGCAAGGUUCAAGUUGUGACCCAGCUAAUGGCAUGCUAAUGACAUUUGAGUAUUUCAAUAAAUCGUCUAUCAAAAAUAAGGUAUUAACCGUCACAGAAAUGUUUAUAAAGAUGUUGCUUCAGCUGAAAGGAAUGUCUGUUGAAAAAGCUUUAGCAAUAACAAAUGCGUAUAAAACUCCAAAAUCAUUGCUAACUGCAUAUGAAAGUUGUUCUCAAAAGGAAGGAGAAUUUUUACUUGCUAAUUUAAAAUAUGGCGACCUAAAUCGUAAUGUCGGCCCCAGCGUAAGUCUUGCUGUAUUUCAUUUAUUUACAUUUUAGUCCAUUUAAAAUUAUGUAUACAUAUUGCAAAUAAUAUAAAUCAUGAAUGACUAGAAUAUUAACAAGAAAUCAUGUACAUAUUUUUCUAUUUUAAAUUAAUAGGUAUAUAAGGUGUAAAUAAAGAUUUUUACUACA